GCUGCUAAUGCUAACUGACCCUGGAUCAGCUGCGACAGACACGUCCCGCGAUGUUUGAAACUUUACCAACUUUUAAACGUUUUCUUCCGUUCUGUCGGCUUUAAUGAGGGUUUUAAACCACCUCGCGACUGAAGGAUGCGCUCCAGUCUUCGCUCUGUGGACGCUCUGUCUCCUGAGUCCACAGUGACAUCGCUGCUCUCAGGCUCUGGGCAUCUGACCAGCAGCCUCCAGCAGUCCCUCAGCACCUCCUUCACCUACAAGGACAAGGAGUACGAGUCGGCGUCCGCCGCCCUCGAUGCUUACAUCACAGACUUUGAACGCAGUCGUGACGGAAACACGGCGAAGGGGGAGGGGCUGGGGCUGCCCCUCCCCUCCACCCCCAGGACCACACUGGGCGCGCUCAGAAACAGGGACGUCCUCCGGGAGCGACUUUCGGAGCAGGAGUUGGACUUCCUCACGCUGCCCGUCAGCUCGCUCCGUCACCGCGACAACAGGGACCGCGUCUCCAUGACGACAGAUGAGCUUCUCAACCUCCCUAACGACGGGUCCAUGCCCAUCACGCACACGAGCGCCUUUCUGCACGGUCUUGCUUCUAAGUCCGGACCCUCUCAGAUCCGAUCUCCUGUUAAAAACACCUGCAGCCAAAGCCACGCCCACAGAGCCAGCAGCCAGCCAAUGACAGCGCUGCACUGCUCCAGAUGUGGAGGACGACAGAAGACACACGGACGACUCAAGCCCGUCCCUGAAACACCCUCGUCUCGGUGGGCGGGACCUGCCUCUGCGCCGCGUCCUGAUUGGCUGAGCGGCAGAGAUCGGGUCACGAUGCAUCUUCCUCAUUGGCUGAGCUCAAACAAAGCGGCGCUGGACUGUUCGGACGUCCACAGCCUCCCCGACCUGCCCUACCCGCCCUGGAUACAGCACUGCGACGCCGGCCAAUCAGAGUGCAGCCUCAGCCACCGGGACAGCCAAUCAGAGCGAGUGUGCGGCCAGAGACAACCACGGGGCACCGAGGUCGAAGACGCUGGCUCCUCUGCUCCGUCCUGGGUCCGAGCGCUGGACGAGGAUCAGCUGGUGGACAGUGAGGAGACCCUGAGGACUCUGCGUUUACAGUUCGCUGAGCACAUUUCUCAGAUGGUCACAGACAGAAGCAGCUCCGUGGACUCUCUCUACAGAGACCGAAGAAUCGAGUCCCUGAUCCAGAAGGCAGACCGAGUCCUGGACUCUUUGCAGAACUCGGCCUCGGGGAGUCCAGUCCCUCCAGUGAGUUCAGAUCAGAGCCUCGACCUGCAGCUCAGAGACCUGGAGCCACUGGACCAGUCUGCUCAGCCUGGUCCUCUGGAGGCGGUCAAACAGAUCCUCUUCAGACUCGAGGCUGUGGAGACGGAGCUGCACCGGAGACAGGACGCACAGCAGGGGACGCUACAGCAGGGGGCGCCACAGCAGGGGGCGCCAAAACAGAAAAUGCUACAGGACAUACAGGGGGCGCUGCAACAGGACAGAACACAGGAAACAGUGACUCUACACACCAACACUCAGGGUCCAGAGGUCGAGGAGGAGGAGCCGUCUCUGCAGAGAGCUCUGCAUCACCUGAGCCGCCUGAAGCUGCUCGUGGAGAAGCCUGAAGGACCCCAGGAACUUCACACUCUACAGAAACACAGAGACAUGAGAGAAGAAGAGGAGGAGGAGAGAGACGAGGGACGCUUCUCCUCCUGAUCCACCCUCGACCAACAGAGGGCGCAGGGAGGACAACCCGCUAACCGCCGCGUACCAAACAGGAAGUGAGCAUCGACUCCGGCUCAUGCUCUGAAUCCCACAUAUGAAACUGUGCUCCAGAUUAGACGUUAAACCUGCUCUGGCCUCGAUGAGCUUCAUUUAGAGCUGAACUCUGACGACAGGGGGCGCUACAGAGGAGACUUUAUGAACUGAAGCAUCUUUUGUUUGGACUAAAUGAGACUCGCAGUUUCCUGUUUGACCCGAGUCCAGAGACAUUUGAGCCGUUUUAACCUUCAGACACUAAAACAUUUAAAGUUUAACAAGUGCAAUUAACACUGAAGAGUCCAGUUUAUAAUUAUACGACUGAAAUGUGCCAAAGGACAAAAUAAACCUUUGUC